ACAACUUUGCCCAACUCUGCUUACAACUACGCUCCCCAUCUUCUGAUCUACGAAAUACCGUCAUGACGGAUCGCCGACGCAUCAAUGGCCCGCUGGAGGGCACUAUACCGCCGGUAUUCCUCACUAGCUCGACUCAUAAAUCAAUAAUUAAACGUUCACCAACUACUCUUCGAAAAAUCUUUCUGAAAACCGGCCUAACUCCACCCGCAACGGGCUCUGCAUUCUUGGAACUCCCGACACCCUCCACCCAUUCAACACCCACUCUAAAGCUCACCUCGAGUGUCUACGGUCCCCGGCCCUUGCCUUCAUCAACAACCUUCUCCUCAAACGCGCGCCUGACCGCCGAACUCAAGUUUUCGCCGUUUUCCACUCCCGGCCGCCGUCGCGGGUAUAUUCGUGACGGUGUGGAACGCGACCUUUCCGCGCAACUAUCUAUCGCCCUUGGAAAAAGUGUGGCUGUCGGAAAGUAUCCCAAGAGUGCGAUUGACGUAUUUGUUAGUGUGCUUGACUGUGAGGGUGGACUGGGGGAUGCAGGAGAUGAAGCAGGUGGUGGGGUGGAUGUGGGAUUAAUGAGUGUGCUUGCUACAGCGAUUAGUUGCGCUAGCGCAGCUAUUGCAGAUGCUGGGAUUGAGUGCUUUGAUCUUGUGGCGGGGGGCGUGGCCGGGUUGGUUUUGGAACAGGGCGGGGUGGUGGAGGAGGACCGUGUUGAGAAGAGUUUGGAGGUUGGUCAGGAUAGUGAUGACGCUAGACGUGGCAUGAGAAAGAAUGGAAAAGUCACUCUGGUUCUGGACCCCAGUCCUAUCGACGGCUACAUUAUCCUUGCUGCGGCCGCGGUUGGGUAUAUGGCUGCUAGGGAUGAGCUCACCUUGGUUUGGACAAAAGGAUCGAUGGGCUGGGACGGCGAUAGCACAGACGAAGUAGAGAGAAUCGUUGACGGUGCUAUUACCGCCUCUACUGGCGUUAGACUUGUCAUUAAUGAGGCUGUCAAGGAGAGGCUGUUGCUCGGAUUGAAGGAGAUGGGCUUGAUCAGGGGGAAGGCAGUCAGCGGUGAUGGGGAUGCGGCUAUGAGUUAGUUUGUGAACCAAAUAAUUUAAUUUAAAUUCCUCCCA